GUGUUCCGUUUGCCAUGCCACCAGGAUUCCCAGGCCCACCCGGUGGGAUCGGUCGUCCAAUGGUUGGACCGUUCAUUCCAUCCCAACCCUUAGGCCCGGGGGCACCGACAGUUCCUCUGCAUAUGAUGCCUCCUCCUAUGCACGGCAUGUCGAUGAUGCCCGGUUCCAUGCCCCCAUUCAGGCCACCGAUGCCUUUCAUGCCCCCAGCUAUGCCUGUUGGAGCCAUUCCCCCGGCUACUCAGCCAGCGGUUCAGCGUAAGACUCCAGAUGACAUAUGGGUAGAAAACCUAACAGCAGAAGGGAAGUCUUACUACUAUAACAUGCGUACUCGUGAGACACGAUGGGACCGCCCGGAGGGUGUCACAGUUGUGCGUCAGGGUGAAGUGGAGGGGACAGCUAAGCCUGCAUCGACAACUGCCUCUGUCGUACCCACAAUACCACCUCUGCUGUCCACAGGUGCUGCUAUUCAAAAACCUCCGGACGUUGCAGUAUGGUCAGAGUACCGCAAUCCAGAGGGUAAGGCGUACUACCACAAUUCAAGAACUGGUGAGACUACCUGGGAGAAACCUAAAGUGCUUGUCGACUGGGACGAGCAACAGAAAACCCCGGUAUUCACUGUUCCUUCUGCUCCCUCUACCACAACGAUGCAAGCGACAGCUGCCGCACCCGUGCAAUCGACGCCUCAGGUUCUGGAGAACAAACAGUCGAACAGUGAUGUUCCUUCAGAAGUUUCCACAGAGAACAAGGUAACUGCUGAAGUAAAAGUUACCUCUGAAGCGAAGGACUCGGAGAAGUCUAAUGGAUCGUCUGGGGAAAAUACUUCAACGAAAGAAGAACCGGCGAAGACUCCGAAGGACAACACCAGGCCAGUAUCGAGUACUGCCGUCCCUGGUACUCCGUGGUGUGUUGUUUGGACUGGCGACGAUCGUGCGUUCUUCUUUAAUCCAAGUCAGCGGCUUUCUGUUUGGGAGAAGCCCGAGGAACUGAAAGGACGUGCCGAUGUUGACCGCCUCCUCGAAAAACAACCCACAGCGGCUAACCCUGGCAAGCUUGGGUGUUCUGAGGGCAAUCCGUCUUCGGGGUCAGUUGAUAGUGAUAGUGGGGAGACUGCAUCCAAGAAACCUCGUCUGGAUGGCGAAGAGAACCAACCCCAAGAUAAUGAGGCCCAAAAAAAUCAAACGCCAGAAAAUGCGGAUGCGGAAACGGAAAAACCAGCGAACACUCCUGAUAAAAUCCCUGUCGGUAUGGAGGCCGCCAAAGAGGCUGAGGAACGGGCAGCUCGAGAACGGGCUGUUCAGCCACUAGAAGUUCGAGUCAGACGGUUCCGCGAAAUGCUUGUUGAAAUGCAGGUUUCUGCUUUUUCUACAUGGGAGAAAGAGUUGCACAAAAUUGUCUUCGAUCCGCGCUAUCUUCUUUUGGCCAGCAAAGAGAGAAAGCAAACGUUCGAAGCGUACGUCAAAGAACGCGCGGAAGAAGAAAGGCGCGAGAAGAAAAACAAACUGAAGGAGCGGAAAGAGAAGUUCAAUGAGCUGCUCGAAGAAGCGGAGUUGACGUCGAAAUCUUCCUUCACCGAGUUUUCGACAAAGUACGCGAAAGAUGCGCGGUUCAAGGGCAUAGAAAAGUCGCGGGACAGAGAAUCAAUGUUCCAAGACUAUUUGGCCGAACUUCGCAAACGGGAGAAAGAUGAAAAGCACCGUGAGAAAGAGAAAGUUAAGUCUGACUUCUUGAGUCUGCUCAAGGAAACGAAGGGUUUGUCACGGCAUUCUCACUGGAGUGAGGUGAAACGAAAAAUAGACGCAGAUCCGCGAUACAAGGCAGUCGAUUCUUCAUCCCGUCGUGAGGAUUGGUUCCGAGAUUUCGUGAGAAAACUGGAUGAGAAUCCGCCAUCCCGUGAGAGUAGCGACUCCCGAAAGGAAAGAGAAAAGAAAGAGCGACAGGAAGCUUCUAUCAGAGAGCGAGAAAAAGAGGUCAAAGAAGCCCUUUCCUCCUCGCUUCGGGAACGAGAGAAGGAGCGUGAGCAACAACUGCAUGCUGAACAGGAGGAAAACUUCCGAACAUUACUCAGCGAAUUUGUACGCGAUCCAGGGAUGACUUGGAAGGAAGCGAAGAAAGUCCUCCGCAAAGACAGUCGCUGGGAGUUGGUUAGUGACGUUCUGCAGCGUUCUGAACGAGACGAAAUGUUCAAGGAACAUCUGUCCAAUUUAUCGAAAAAAUCUCGUGAAUCCAAAACGAUGUCCGAAACUGACUCGUUAUGUUCUAUCUUGUCAUCUUGUCCUUUCUGUUAUAGCCACUCCAAUAUGUCUUCCCUCCACAAUAAUCACAAUCCUAACACUUCAGUAUCUGGAUCGUCCGUUGUCUGUCCAUCAGAAACCGCUGGACGUCACUGUUCUCGCUGUGUUUCUCGAGCUUCACUUGAACAGUCUACUCCAACGUCAGAACUGGCUACCCUUAAUGACUCUGACAGGAAUCACAUUCAUCAAGCCCGAUCUUACGAGGAUCACCAAUUAGUGAGAGAAAUUGAUGAAAGGGUUGUGACCGUCGCCCCUCCAAAUCGCAGUUCACUUGAUGCUAUCUUGGACCGUUUGGAGGAUGCACCGCAUGCACCUUCUGCCGCCAUCCAUAUGGAAGAUUCUUUGCUGCUCAAUUUCGACCCCCUGUUAGAAAGAUCCAAAGCUGAGAUUUUCGUUUUCGUUUUCUUUUCAACAGUUCCUGAACACGUGUGUGACUGUGAGCUGUCGAAUGGAGUUGUUCCCCUCAAUACAUGGAUUACGAUGACGAUGGAUGAUCGAAUUUCUCCGACGCCAGACGAACAGCCGUCCCUUCAACCGACUAACGUGGACAACGUGGAAAUAUUAUCCGACACUCCUUCACCUAGCUCCCAAGUUCCUCCUCUUGCCUCAGGAGUGACUGCUUCAAUUACUUUUUCACCUUGGAUGCAUCACAGCAUAUUGGACCAGGCUCUAGGCGGUUCCGAUCGCUCACCUGAGUGGCACGUAUCUCCUCCAGCUAGGGAGGUAGUCGAAUCAUCGGCGUCAUCAGUGAAAGGCCAUCUUCUCCGUCAUGGCACUGAAUGCCUGACAAAUAUCGAUGAAAACACCGAACCUUCCAUCUCGCCUAACUCGGUUCCGACACCAUCUGAUGCGGCUGACAUGGACGCACUGGCUGUGCUGCUAGGACGUGUUAAUGUUCAUGACCCAUCAGUACGGCGCGCUGAUCAACCCAGUGAUGAUGCACUACACACGAUGACUAAUUCAGCAUCUCCACACACCGCUACCCCACAUGACAACGCUGGACGCACACCACAUACAAAAUCGGCGAAUACCCCUUCGAGUAGAUUCGAGGUGAUACGCAAGUUAAGUCAGACCUUUGCUCAGUCUUUAGCUCCACAGUCAUCGUCCCAGUCAAAUACACCAUCUUCCAUGCACGUUCCUCAUGACACUACGAAACUGCAUAGGUCGCACCUCACCGAGUCUGCUCCGGUGGAUCCCAGCUGUAGUACGACGCCGAAGCUAAACGUAUCCAGUCGUCUAUCUUUCGGCGGCAUUUCGGGAAUGGUUUCUCAGGUUGCUCGGUCUCUCUAUGAUCGUCUUGGUGGUGUUUCUGGUCUCUCGGCGUCAACAAGAACACCAACUCAAACAGACGUUGGAACGAAUGCCAGUCCUAUCGCCCGUGCAUCCGCACACAUACUUGAGGAAACAGAAACGGCUCCAUCCGUAUUUCCAGUUAGUGCCCAUGACAGUGCACUGGGUGCGAAAAUUUUUCCCGCGGAUAACCCAGUUCCGUCGACCUGUACUAGUUUCGCACAGUCAGGUGACGAAGAUGUCUGGGAGAGUGUGGAUUCCAUGAAUGAUCCGAAACCAUCAGUAACAGACAGCUUUGCCAAAUCCAUAUCAGCUUUCGACCAGGUGGUUGAUAUCGUUUCUGAAAACAAGGAAAACCUACAAUUUCUCCCAACAAAUGCUGAUGCUCUGUUAUCGGGUUUCCACGAAUCGUGGGUCAUUGGCAAUCAGGCGAAUUCACACAUGAUGACAGCUGAUGUUGCAGGCCUGUCCGCCACUACCCAUGGUAACAUACAUAUGACCCAGUGGAUCCAUGAUGUUGCUGCUUCAGUCGACAAUACAUCAGGGUUACAGAACUCUAGUUUGUCCGAUCGACAAUCCGACAUAGCACAAGAAUGGUUGGAUCUACAUGAUGAAGUGUCGCGACUUCGUUCUGUCGCUGACGAUCUCAGCGGACUAAUGGUAACCUACGAACGAGCUCUAUUGGAUGCGGACGCGUAUAUGCAUAGGUGUAACACUGCGGCCGUUGCACGACUGACACGACUAGCGCAAGAGCGUGAUGAAGCUGUGGAACAGGUUGCCAAUAUGCACAAAGCUUGUGAAUACAUGGUCCGCGGCAUCCAGCGGGCAAAAGAAACCAUUGAAACGAAAAAAGAAAAACAAGCAGCGGCGGUCAGGUUACUCGAAAAAUUUGAGAAAAAGUAUCCAAAAAUGGUGACAAGAACUGAGAAAAUUGUCGAACAUUUCGUGAACCACCUUGGUGAUGCACUUGCUGAGAAUCAGAGGCAGCAAGAAGCAGAUCUGCGCAAACUGGACAAACUCCGAUUCGAUUUGCGUCAGGCAGAACUCCGCGAAGCAGCGGUCGCGGAACAAAUCAAACAGCUGGAAAAACAAUCUUCUGAGUUAACCAGGAUUUGUCAACAAUUUUUCCCCUGAAGAAUCCGGAUUCAUUUCGUUCACUCUUAUUUUUUUAAAUUCUAAGCUACGUGUCUCCAUUGGUCGUUAUAUAGUUCGU